AAAUAAUAUUGAUGUGUGAAUUUAUAAUGUGUACACACCUGUCAUCAUAAGUAAGCGAUCGACUGUCCUUUUCUAACUAACUUCAACAUUUCACUUCAAUACUUCAACUCUCUUUCUCUCUCUCUCUAGUCUUUAUAUAAACCCUACGUACGUACUCUCUUCACACUCACUGAGUCAAACUCACGUGUCAAUGACCGAGUCAUCCAUUAUCUCCGUCAAACAAUCGUCUCCGGUGCCGGAGGAGGAGGAUCAUCAUCAUCACCAACAAGACUCCCACCGAACCAACACCAAGAAACGUGUAAGAUCCGACCCGGGUUACCGAGGCGUCCGGAUGCGAACGUGGGGCAAAUGGGUCUCCGAGAUCCGAGAGCCUCGCAAGAAGAGCCGAAUCUGGCUAGGCACUUUCUCCACACCGGAAAUGGCGGCGCGUGCACAUGACGCAGCUGCUCUCACCAUUAAAGGAACUUCCGCCGUCCUCAACUUCCCGGAGCUCGCCACUUACCUUCCCCGUCCAGCUUCCUCCUCUCCACGCGACGUUCAAGCCGCAGCCGCCGUAGCGGCCGCCAUGGACUUCUCCCCCUCCUCCUCCUCUCUCGUAGUCUCCGAUCCAACCACCGUCAUCGCCCCAGCUGAGACGCAGUUGUCUUCCUCGAGCUAUUCAACGUGUACGUCAUCGUCGUUGUCACCGUCAAGCGAAGAAGCUGCGUCGACGGCGGAAGAACUAAGCGAGAUAGUGGAGUUACCGAGUCUAGAGACGAGUUACGAUGAGUCAUUGAGCGAGUUUGUGUACGUUGACUCGGCGUAUCCACCUAGUUCGCCUUGGUAUAUUAAUAAUUGUUAUAGCUUUUAUUACCACAGCGACGAAAAUGGCAUUUCGAUGGCUGAACCUUUCGACUCUUCCAAUUUUGGCCCCCUUUUUCCUUAGUUUUAUUUUUAAAUAAUCUCUUCUUUUAAAAACAUUUAGCCUCCAAACCUCUGAAGUUUAUUUAAUUAUUGGAUUCAGACCAGAGUUUAAUAUACUUGAUUAAACCUGAUAGUACCAUAUAAUGUUUAUUGCUCUCUUUUUUUUGAUCGGAUCUUCUAGAUAUUUUGUACGAACACGCCAAUUGUGAUUGGACG